GACAAUGUGCAGGGUUACGAAGUCUUUGGCUCUUGGUGCCAUAGAGACUGCAUAGUGUUAGAACCUGACCGCUGUGCUGGGGAAUUCAACUUGUGGAACGAUGAACAGCCCGCCCAAGGGCUCCUCCUUGGCCUCUCCUGUACAUGCAGCUGCUGUGACAGGAGACAAGGCCACUCUGCUGCGUCUGAUUGGCUCAAACUCAGAUCUCCUAGACCAGGAGGACCAGCUGGGAAGAACUCCUCUGAUGUACAGUGUGCUAGGUGAUCGUAGAGCAUGUGCAGAGGCUUUGCUUCGCUGUGGGGCCCAGGUGAAUCGCUUAGAUAGAAGUGGGCGUACAGCUCUUCAUCUUGCAGCCCAAACUGGCAAUCACCGCCUCUUGAAGCUUCUCCUGUCCCGUAGAGCGGAUUGUACCCAUCGUGAUCUGCGUGACAUCACAGCGCUGCACCUGUCCACCCGUCACCAGGACACCCGUUGCCUGGCCCUGCUUCUGAAGCACACCCCACCGGGGCAAGUCGAUGCUCAGGAUCAGAGAAAGCAAACAGCGCUGCACUGGAGCGCCUAUUAUAACCGGCCGCGGCACGUCAGGCUGUUAGUGAGGCAUGGCUCCAACAUUGGCAUCCCUGACUUGGAAGGAAAAAUACCCCUACACUGGGCAGCUGGGCAUAAAGACCCAGAAGCUGCGUUAACCGUACGCUGUUUGCUAGAAGCGGCUCCAACGGAAUCGUUACUGAACUGGCAGGAUUAUGAAGGCCGCACUCCUCUGCACUUAGCUGUAGGCGAUGGCAACCAAGAAGUGGUACGGCUUCUGACUUCCUAUCGAGGGUGCAAUGUGACACCUUAUGACAAUCUGUUCCGUACCCCUCUUCACUGGGCUGCGCUGCUGGGUCACACGCCCAUUGCCAAUCUUCUUCUGGAAAGAAAUCGCUCCCCCAACAUCCCUUCGGAUAGUCAAGGAGCUACCCCCCUCCAUUAUGCGGCCCAGGGAAACUGCCCAGACACCGUUCGGGUUCUAUUGGCUCACCCCUCUGUGAGAGAUGAAGCUGACUUAGAGGGAAGGACUGCAUUUAUGUGGGCAGCAGGAAAAGGCAGUGAUGAAACACUAAAAGUCAUGCUUGAGCUAGACUCAGAGCUAGAGAUUAACAGAACGGAUAAAUAUGGUGGUACGGCACUCCACGCAGCAUCACUUUCUGGCCACAUCAGCACUAUACGAAUAUUAUUACAAAAUGGUGCCCAAGUGGAUGCUGCCGAUGUAAUGAAGCACACUCCGCUCUUCAGAGCUUGUGAGAUGGGGCACAGAGAAGUAAUCUAUACUUUAAUUAAAGGAGGGGCAAAAGUUCAUCUUGUUGACAAAGAUGGCCGAUCCCCCCUUCACUGGGCAGCAUUAGGAGGCAAUGCCAAUGUAUGUCAAAUACUUAUAGAAAAUAACAUCAACCCCAAUGCUCAGGACUAUGAAGGCAGGACUCCUUUGCAGUGUGCAGCCUAUGGAGGCUAUAUUGGGUGCAUGGAGGUAUUAAUGGAGAACAAAGCUGAUCCAAAUAUCCAGGAUAAAAAUGGCCGCACAGCUUUGCAUUGGUCAUGCAACAAUGGGUACCUGGAUGCAGUAAAACUUCUACUACACUAUAAUGCCUUUCCUAACCAAAUGGAAAGCACAGAAGAGAGGUAUACACCUUUGGAUUAUGCUUUGCUUGGCGGGCAUCAGGAGGUUAUCCAGUUUAUGCUUGAACAUGGUGCCCUCUCUAUUGCUGCAAUACAGGACAUUGCGGCCUCCAAGAUACAAGCAGUGUACAAGGGCCAUAAAGUACGGAGGGCUUUCAGAGAUCGGAAGAACUUGUUGAUGAAACAUGAGCAGCUGAGGAAAGAUGCAGCUGCCAAAAAGCGAGAGGGUGUAAGCAAAAGGAAAACCAAAUGUAAUCAACCUAGAGAAGAUGGGCAGAAUGAGGACAAACAGACAAACACUUCUGAGAGAUUUAUGGACAAGGAAGAGCAGCACAGUCACAGUGAUAUACAACAGAAAAGUACUACAGAGGAAAAACGACAAGAAAGUGCUGGUAAGACAAAGAUUAAAGAGCACCGUCACCAAAGCAGGACUGGCCAUGCAUCUCCAAGGCCGAGAGAAGUCUGUGAGGCAAGUAACCAGAGCACUCCUAGUAGGAUAUCUCAUGUAACGUCAUCCCCAAGUGAAUUGUUUGAAAAGGAGUAUCGUGAAGAAGGUCAAAAUUUAAAAAAAGAGCAGUGUAAAAGAAGCUCUAGACAUAGAAAGGAAAAUUGUAGUACUCUAAUCCAUGAAGAAAGGUGCCAAAGCCAGAACGAUUAUCAUAGAGUAUCUCACAAAGAGAUUAAAGAAGGCUCCCAGUUCUCUUUAAAAGCUGAAAGUAGCACAAGCCAAUGUGCCAAGGAAAGGGACACUGCAGGAAAGGUCAUCAGCAAAGAGCAGAUUAUAGAAAAGCCGAUCAAAGGACCUAGAGCACCCAGGAAUAAGAAAACUGAUAUGGACAUGGUUACCCAAAUAAUGGCUUCUUCUAGUAUUACAGAGUCUAGAUCACAUAGGAGGAACAAAGAAUCCAAUGGCAUAGUAAUCCAGGUGACGAGUAAUGGAGACAAUUCUGCAAAGCACAAAGAAAUCUCAGGUAGACUGCAUUCGGAAAGGAAAAGUAGCUCGGCCAGAGCUGGACAGCCAAAUGCCACUGGAAUACAGGCUACAUGUGAGGAAGAACGACCAUCAAGAAAGACAAAGCAAAGAACAUCAAGUUCACACUCCAGACAUAGCAAACAAGCAGAUAUAGAGAGAACAGGUGUCAACUGCUCCCCAACAAGCCUUAUCAACGCCAGCAUAACAUUGGCAAUGCCAAGAGAUAAAUUAAGAACAGGUCACAGUCUUGCUCAAUGGCAGCAGUUAGACAUUGAGCUGAUUCCCUUAGAAGCGAGACUUCAAUUAGUAGAAAGAGAGAAAGCCAGAAAACAGCUUUUCCAGCGCAAGAACCAAGCUGCAGUCAUUAUUCAGAGGGCCUGGAGAAAGCACCGCAUCAAAAAGAGGGGUAGUAUUAUAAGGACUGUUCACCCGCCACGUAUUCGCUGA